AUGGCAGCUGAUGCCGUGUUCCUCCCAUUCGAACGAUACCACCUGCCUGAUUUCAUGAAGCGCCACAACAUCCCCACGGCCGAGUAUCAGACCUUCUCCGCCCAAAAUGGCGGCCUGGAAGCCGCGCUGAAGUACAUCGACUCCGUGCCCUUUGAUGUGGUCGUGAAGGCGAGCGGCCUCGCAGCCGGAAAAGGUGUGGUUGUGCCGGAGACUCCCGAAGAGGCCAAGGCUGCCGUGCGCGAGUGCUUGGAAGCGAAGAAGUUUGGCGACGCAGGUAGGGGCCACGGUUCGAAGGAAUGA